CCAUUUGGAAAAUGAAGCCCAUCUAAGUAAUUGGCUGGGGACUUUUCUGCAGUAUCUGCCCUCAAGCCAGGAAGAAUAAGGCCACUGUCCAGCCCCACCCAUCCCAGCCCAGCUCUAUAAAGGAGCCUCCCAGCCAGCCGGCCAGGGAAGGAGCAGCUCUGUGCCCUGGGCAGCCAUGAGCCUGUGUCUUCCAAUUCUGCUCUUCUUCCUGGUGACCUCAUUGCCUUCAGGGAAUGGUCUGUUUGGGAACGAGGGUGUGGAAAUUCGUGUUUGCACUGCACUGCACGGCAGAUGUUUCUUCGUCUGUAAACAUGGAUGGAGGUGGGUUGCCUUCUGUCACAACGUAAUGUCUUGUUGUACAAAAAUGGAUCGAUUUGUGCCUCCUCAAGCCAUCGACUACACCGAAUAAGUCCAAUGAGCAGAAUAUAUGUCAGUGACUAAAAGGACUAAACUCCCAAUCUGUGGGUAAGGAUCCAGGGGCUCACUGAUGAGCUGUCGGCAGCAGAUGGGGGCCAGCCUCAGGCUGAUUGGUGAAACCCCAGAAGUACCAUUACAGAGGCCCUGCAGUGAAACACGUUUUCUAUUCUUUU